GUUGUGUCGUCACACACCCGGAAAUCGUGUCUUUAUUCUACCGGCUUCUUGGAAGUUUCGUGGUACAGUAGCAUCGUCUUCUGGAACCACGAGAUGCUGUUGAUGCUGUUGCUGCUGGGUGCCCUCCUGCUCUUCUGCAAUCUGGAUGUGUGGUACUUCCUACGCGUGGCACAUGUGUUUUUACAGGCAUGGUUUCAACCACGAAUAUGCGACAUUCUAGCUGAGCAAAGUAUUGAGUGCAAGGUCCUUCCCAACGAUUUGGACUACAUGGGUCAUAUGAACAAUUCCCGAUACCUCAGGGAGUGCGACUUUGCUCGGUUCCACCAUUACGUAAGAAGCGGCAUUUUCAUGGCGUCACACAAACUAGGGGCCAAAAUGGUGGUAGGGGCAUCCACCAUCCGCUACCGGCGCUCUUUGGCCUUCCGUGAAGCUUUUGAGAUUCGGACCAAAGUCCUGGGAUGGGACGACAAGGCGUUUUACUUGGAGCAGCGCUUUGUCUCCAAGACAGACGGCUUUGUGUCUGCGAUCAUGCUGUGCAGGCAGAAUGUGGUGCGCAGCAGCCCGGACAACAUCAUCGAGUCUGUCUGCAAGGAAAAGGUUGAGUGCCCUGAAUUCUCAGAUGACCUCAAACACUGGAUCAACUUUAUUUCAGCCAACAGGCAGGCGCUGAGGGCAGAGAGUGGACUCGAAGACAAGAACAAGUAAAUCACUUUCAUCAUGACUGUAAAGCAUACACACCAUCUGCAGCACAAGCACCCACAAACACAUCAGCACACAGGAAAAUAUUCCGCUUGAAUUAUCGGUCUGUUUUAGUUCAUUCCGUUGAUAAACGUCAACAUGUGUAAGAUAGCUGAAACAUAAAAGCACUAUCGUGUACAGUAUGUACUGUACAGGUUUUCAUGCUUAUUUAGAAGUUGACUGAAUCGACUGGCUUAAUAAUUUUCACUUUCAUUUAGCAAAAUCCUUCCUUAAAAAUAAGCAUGUGGAACACAAGUUAACAUUCCACUUACCGGGAAGCAUGUUUUUAAAGUGUUUUUUUUUUUUUUGUGCCUGUUUCUCUUAAUUGGUUGUAGUUUCUAGUUAUAAGUAACAAAUAUAACUUCACAAAAAUGUAGCUUUAAUGAAAUACUUGAAUGACAUAUUCUUUGAGACUUUCCCCUCAGUAUUUUGCACAAGGUGUUUGAGUCUGCAAAUGGAAAUUCUAUUUAUCUUGAAGGGAAUAUUUUAUUGUUAUAGGUGUCUGUGUAAGUUCACUGGGGUUUUGAAGGUGCAUGAAUUUAAUGGACAGGCUGCUAUAUUGCUUCAAGAGAAACAAAAUGCUGUUAGGAGGCUGGAUGCAACAUACUGUAUGUAUUAUUCAUUUGUUUGUGCUUUCAAGUGGAUUACAUGUUGGGCAUUUCCAUGCGGAGGUUUUCAAUAUUGUCCUUUCCUGCGCAGAUAAGACAUUUUUGAAAGUUAAGUCUCGGGGAUGUGAUUUAGUUGCAGAAGUCCAAGGAAAACCAAAGCCUUUGGCUGGUGGUCCGGGGCCGGCCUGGGGCUGUAGAAGCUGAAGGGUACUAAAUGCUUUUAAAUACAUUCUCAUGCAUUUUAGAGCAAUAAAUUGAAGAAAUUUCACAGACACUUGAGAAAAAUUUGGGAAAUACAACAGUCGGAGUAUUUAUUGUCAGUCACAAAGUUACACAUCCUGACUGUCCAGUAAUAAUAUAAAUAGUCCCCAACAGUGGGCC